GCAUGGAUGUGCUGCUCCCUACUCACCUUUCGGUGAUGUCUUUGAUUGGCUUCUAUUGAAUAUAAUCUUUGAUUCAAAUCAUCCAUCGUGAUUCCCCACAAUAUGCACGAGCUUCCACUGCUAUACGCGACAGGGAUAAGCACUCGGUGACUCGGCGGGGCCACACGAACGUCCAUUAUGCCAUCACACAUAUAAGGCUCCACCAUAUAUUGCAUAUAUUAUUGAACAUAUAUUAAAUCUAUUGCCAAACAUGUCGAAUCCCUUCUUCGGCAGUUCAUCUCCUCCUGAGCCAGCCGAAGAAACCACGGAAGAGACGAUAUUUUCAGGACAACCUGCAGUUUUCAUCCUACCAACACAUUUGCCCAUUGGCAAGUUACAUGAAACUGAGAGCAAACUAGUGCGAUAUGGUGGCAUACUCACUUAUGAUAUUUCAGAAGCCACCAUCAUUUUGGGAAAGAUUGGCCAGAAGAAGCGAGCGGCGCUCGAGCUUCGUUCUCGGGGACUUUGGACUGAGGAGAUUCCAAUCACUUUCGAAUCACCUUCAACGAUAUCUAAGCUAGAUCAGCAGCCACUGUCAAAACGGAGGAAAACAAGUACUACGUCGGCUGCCAAUGCGGGUAUUGAGCUUGUCGAUCUGAGCACAGAGUCAGAGUCCGAAGAAGAUGGAGUUCGGAGUCGACAUGAUCCGGGCAAACAUCUUGUACAAUCAGCAAAAGAAGCCGAGAAUACAGUAACUCUUCUAAAAUUGGAAUGGCUAGACCACUCAAUUGCUGCACGAAGAGCACUUCCCUGGGAUUCAUUCGUGGUCUAUAAAGGGCAAAAGACCGCACGCCCUACCCCUGCUGCCCCAGCAAAGUCGCCUUCACACAAACCCACCAGUGCAAUUUUACAGCGCGCCAAAGAAGACGCGGCCUCGCAACCAUCUCCAGAUGCUUCCAAGUACUUCCAUUCUCGCCGGUCCAAAGAGCCUCCUGACGGCGCGGGUAGUCAGCGCCAGCGACCGACUCUGUACCGGCAGACAACUUCAGAGCACGACGAGGCCUUUCCUUCACCACCUCAACCAGACUGGGUCCGUGAUCAGGUCCUCUACGCAUGUAUGCGUUCAGCGCCCUUACAUCCACCAAAUGAAGACUUCAUCUCCCAACUCGUCAAGAUCCGUCGCAUAAGGGAACUCACGCUUGACGAAAUUGGAGUGAGAGCGUACAGUACCUCGAUAGCCGCAAUAGCAGCGUAUCCGCACGUCAUUAGAAGACCAAGUGAGAUACUAUCUUUGCCAGGCUGUGAAGCAAAAAUCGCAAAUCUUUUCGCCGAAUUCCUGCAGCAUGGCGGCUGUGAGCAUACCGACGAUGACGGAACUGUUGCUGCGGCCAACGCCUUGGAAACAGACCCCGUGCUCCGUGUUCUGGACACGUUCAAUCGGAUCUGGGGAGUCGGAGCGAAGACUGCGAGGGAUUUCUAUCACCACCGUGGAUGGCGGGAUCUGGAUGAUAUCGUUGAACAUGGAUGGAAUUCAUUAUCUCGUGUACAGCAAAUUGGCGUGAAGUUCUUUGACGAGUUUCAAGAGGGGGUUUCUCGUCGUGAAUCGGAGAAGAUUGCUGAAACCGUACGGCGGCACGCGAACAAGGUACGGCCCGCAGCGGACGGUAGGAUUGAGUGUAUAAUCGUUGGUGGCUAUCGUCGAGGCAAAGAGCUUAGCGGUGACGUCGACGUCAUCCUCACACACCGCGACGAGGAUAUUACUCACAGUCUUGUCAUGGACGUCGUCGCUAGCCUCGAGGCAGAGCUUUAUGUCACACACACACUCGCACUGCAUCUUACGUCUUCGCACCGUGACCAACAAACCAUUCCCUACAGAGGUGAUGAAACGGGCAAACAUUUUGACUCCCUCGACAAAGCCUUGGUCGUCUGGCAGGACCCGCAUUUUAAGGAUUCCAGUUCCACAGAUCCACAGGGUUCAAGCAAUCGUAAGAAGAAUCCAAAUCACCAUAAACGUGUUGACAUUAUCAUUUCGCCCUGGCACACAAUUGGGUGUGCCGUGUUGGGAUGGUCGGGGGACACUACAUUCCAACGAGACCUAAGACGAUAUGUGAAAAAGGCACAUAUGUGGAAGUUCGACUCUAGUGGAGUGCGCGAACGGACCACUGGUGGCCAGGUGCUGGAUCUGGAACAUGGUGGAGAGACGUGGGAAGAGAGGGAGAGGUUGUUGAUGGAGCGAUUAGGAAUCGGAUGGAGGCCUCCACAAGAGAGAUGUACUCGUUGAAGACACACUUGGGCUUGACAUGGAGCCCAGUCUCAUUUCGAAAGCAGAUGGACGACAAUAUGAAGCUCAAUGAUACUACAAGUAGAUGAUCACGGUCAAGGACAUAUACAACGCAAAAUAAUUAAGAGUCGAAGGACUCGGGCAU